CAGCAGGAGGCUUGGCUAGCUGAGCUACCCCAUUUCUCCCUUAUUCUCCUCCGAGCCUUUGCUUGCUGAGGCUGGGGCUUGGGGCAUGGCCAGGACGACGAGGAAGCUGCUGCUCUUCCUCCUCCACAUCUUCGCCAUCAUCCCCUUCCCCUUCGCAGAGGAGCUUCCCUGCUGCCCCGCUGCAGGUAAACAAAGUGUCCAUGAUGACCUGAAUCCGGUUCAGGUGACCAACCUGAUGACAACAGUCCCCUCUAACACCAACAAUCAUCACCGUGCCUUCCACAAACCCUACCAUCACAAUCCCUUCCUUGAACCCUCUGCCCACACCCAUCACAGCCCCCUCAACCAACCCCCCUUUUUCUGCCACGCCGGUUCCAGUCAUAUAUCCACUGCCUACGCAUCAUCCUCCGCACCAACUGUGCCGGUCACCAAUCCCGAUGUCACCACGCCUUCGACAUUCCCUCCGUCGGCACCACUGACCAACCCUGCAGCGUCAAGCCCAAUCACACCUCCAGCUGUUUCUGCAGGGCAGCAAGUCUGGUGUGUGGUCAAGGCUGCCGGCUCAACCGAAGCUGCGCUCCAGAAUGCGCUGGACUACGCAUGCGGCAUGGGAGGAGCAGAUUGUUCAGCGAUUCAGCCAUCGGGGAGCUGCUACUAUCCAAAUACCCUCCAGGCCCAUGCGUCUUUUGCUUUCAACAGUUAUUACCAGAGGAACCCUGCACCUUCCAGCUGCAACUUUGAGGGGACAGCAAUGCUCGUCAAUGCUAAUCCGAGCUCAGGGAACUGUGUCUUUGCAUCCUCCUCCUCCUCCUCCUCAUCAAGCUCUACUGUUGCGUACAAUCCUGCCUCCACUUCUUCUACCACUCCAUCCUCCUCCUCAUCCAGUAGUCCUGUUACUAGUGCAUCUGGUUCUGAUUCGGGAUCACCAGUGCUGAAUGCGAGCGGGUCAGGAUCUUCCGAACUGUCAGAGUUUGGGUCAGACAUCCCAGGAGCGGCCAACACGGGCAAUGGUUGGAGGUCAAUGUCGCCGUCCCACUGUACUUGA